AUGGCAGCUGGAUUACAACUUGAAAGUUUUGAUAAACUUGUAUCAGACGCUUUAUCAGGAGCAGAUCUGGAUGAAUUUAAUAGGAUAUACUAUGGUAGAACUAGCCACCAUGAGUUGGAAGUUAAAGCGGCUAAUUUAGAGCAAGCUCAAAAGAAUAAUUUUGAUAUCGAAGCCUACGAUUUUCCGGCUCAAGAAGAAGAUACUAGAAGCCCUCGUAUCGUAAAAAUUGGAAUUAUACAACACUGUAUUGCUACGUCUACUAGUAAACCUAUUCAAGCACAAAGGCAAGCUAUCUUUGAUAAAAUACUUCCAAUUAUUGAAUGUGCUGGCAAUGAAGGUGUGAAUGUGCUAUGCCUCAUUGAAGCUUGGAGUAUGCCUUUUGCAUUCUGUACAAGAGAAAAAGCUCCUUGGUGUCAAUUUGCUGAAUGUGCAGAAACUGGUCCAAGUGUUCAAUUCUUGCAAAAUUUAGCCAUAAAAUAUAACAUGGUCAUCAUAUCACCAAUUUUAGAAAGGGAUGAAACUCAUGGAGAUACUAUCUGGAAUACUGCUGUUGUGAUAAAUGAAUGUGGUAAAAUUAUUGGUAAACAUCGUAAAAAUCAUAUUCCUCGUGUGGGAGAUUUCAAUGAGUCUACUUACUACUUUGAAGGUAAUACGGGGCAUCCAGUUUUUGAUACUAAAUAUGGGAAAAUUGCUAUCAAUAUUUGUUAUGGUCGCCAUCACCCACAAAACUGGCUUAUGUUUGGUAUCAAUGGAGCUGAAAUAGUUUUUAACCCUUCUGCUACUGUUGGGGGGCUUAGUGAGCAUUUGUGGUCUAUUGAAGCCCGUAACGCUGCUAUAGCGAACAGUUUCUUCACUUGUGCUAUUAAUAGAGUUGGGCGAGAGGAAUUUCCUAAUGAAUUUACGUCUGGGGAUGGAAAACCAGCUCAUAAGGAUUUUGGACAUUUCUUUGGAUCUAGUUAUAUAACUGCACCUGAUGGCUCUAGAACACCUGGAUUAUCGAGAAUAAAAGAUGGUUUACUAAUUGCCCAAGUUGAUUUAAAUCUUUGUCGUCAAGUUAAGGACAAAUGGGGUUUUAGAAUGACACAGCGGCUUGAUUAUUAUGCGGGGCUUAUAAAAAAGGCUGCUGAAAUUGAUUAUAAGCCUCAAGUUGUUUCUGGUAAUUAA